ACUCUCACCCUCUGUGGCUGACGCUGAAGCUGAUCGGCAUCUUUCACCCCCCCCUUCUACUUUUGCUGUUUUACCUUUGCAGCAGGUAGCCUAGUCUUUAUUCUCCAACCGAGCCUCGGCAGCAUGUUGGACCCGUCUUCCAGCGAGGAGGAAGGGGAUGAGAUAGUGGAGGUGGAGCGAAAAGAGGUGGCGGCCCCGAAGAGCCUCGGAGGAGCCCGUCUGUCACCGGGCCGAGCCUCCGAAGGCGACGCAGGGCUCCAGCCACGGGGCCGAGGGAGCGGCGGGGGCCGACCCUCCAGCCCCAGCCCGUCGGUGGGCAACGACAAGGAGAAAGAGGACCUGGAGAAGAUGCAGAGAGAUGAGGAGGAGAGGAAAAAGAGACUCCAGCUGUAUGUGUUUGUGAUGCGCUGCAUUGCUUAUCCCUUCAACGCAAAGCAACCUACUGACAUGGCCAGGAGGCAGCAGAAGAUCAGUAAGCAGCACUUGCAGACGGUCAAGGAGCGUUUCCAGGCGUUCCUCAGCGGAGACACGCAGAUCGUGGCUGAUGAAGCCUUCAUCAAUGCUGUCCAGAGCUACUAUGAGAUCUUCCUGAAAAGUGACCGUGUGUCCCGGAUGGUGCAGAGCGGCGGCUGCUCGGCCAGCGACUCUCGGGAGGUUUUUAAGAAGCACAUAGAGAAGCGGGUGCGCAGCCUGCCAGAGAUCGACGGCCUCAGCAAAGAGACAGUGCUGAGCUCCUGGAUUGCCAAGUUCGACACCAUCUACCGCGGUGAAGAGGACCCCAGGAAGCACCAGCAGAGAAUGACGGCCAGCGCCGCCUCCGAACUCAUCCUCAGCAAGGACCAGCUGUACGAGAUGUUCCAGCAGAUCCUGGGCAUCAAGAAGUUUGAGCACCAGCUCCUCUAUAACGCCUGCCAGCUGGACAACCCAGAUGAGCAGGCAGCCCAGAUCAGAAGAGAGCUGGACGGACGCCUGCAAAUGGCAGAUCAGAUAGCUCGGCAUGGUGGAAGGUUUCCCAGGUUCGCAUCUAGAGAGAUGGAGGCCAUGUACAUCGAGGAGCUGCGAUCGUCUGUCAACCUGCUGAUGGCCAACCUGGAGAGCAUGCCCGUGUCCAAGGGAGGAGAGUUCAAGCUGCAGAAGCUGAAACGAGGCCACAACGCAUCCAUCAUGGACAUGGGCCAGGAGGACGAGAACACGCUGUCUAAAUCUGACGUGGUGCUGUCCUUCACCCUGGAGGUGGUAAUCAUGGAAGUCCAGGGUCUGAAGUCGUUGGCUCCAAACAGGAUUGUUUACUGCACCAUGGAGGUGGAGGGAGGACAUAAACUGCAGACGGACCAGGCCGAGGCCUCAAAACCCACUUGGGGUACCCAGGGUGACUUCACCACCACCCAGCCGUUACCUGCUGUGAAGGUGAAGCUGUUCACUGAGAGCACAGGAGUGUUGGCUCUGGAAGACAAGGAGCUGGGGAAGGUUGUGCUCCACCCGACUCCCAACAGUCCCAAGCAGUCUGAGCUCCACAAGAUGGCGGUGUCUAAAGGCUGUCCAGACAAUGACCUCAAGAUCAAACUGGCCAUUCGCAUGGACAAACCACAGAACAUGAAGCAUUGUGGGUACCUUUGGGCCAUUGGCAAAAAUGUGUGGAAACGAUGGAAGAAGAGAUUCUUUGUGCUGGUUCAGGUGAGUCAGUACACCUUUGCCAUGUGCAGCUACCGAGAGAAGAAGGCCGAGCCGGUGGAGCUCCUCCAGCUGGACGGUUACACCGUGGACUACACCGACCCGCAGCCAGGUCUAGACGGCGGUCGCACGUUCUUCAACGCUGUGAAAGAGGGCGACACUGUGAUCUUUGCCAGUGACGAUGAGCAGGACCGGAUCCUAUGGGUACAGGCCAUGUACAGAGCUACCGGCCAGUCACACAAGCCAGUUCCUCCCACCCAGGUCCAGAAACUCAACUCCAGGGCGGGCACAGCACCACAGCUCGAUGCACCCAUAUCUCAGUUCUAUGCUGAUCGAGCCCAGAAGCACGGCAUGGACGAGUUCAUUUCAGCCAACCCCUGCAACUUUGACCAUGGCUCGCUGUUUGAGCUGGUACAGCGCCUCACUCUGGACCACAGACUCAACGACUCCUACUCCUGCUUGGGCUGGUUUAGUCCCGGUCAGGUGUUUGUCUUAGAUGAGUACUGUGCUCGCUACGGCGUUCGAGGCUGCCAUCGGCAUUUAUGUUACCUGAGCGAUCUGUUGGAGAGGGCUGAGAACGGAGCCAUGAUCGACCCCACCCUGCUGCACUACAGCUUCGCCUUCUGUGCCUCCCAUGUCCAUGGAAACAGGCCUGAUGGUAUCGGCACAGUGACCGUGGAAGAGAAGGAGCACUUUGAGGAGAUCAAGGAGAGGCUAAGGGUGCUUCUGGAGAACCAGAUUACACACUUCAGGUACUGCUUUCCAUUUGGACGGCCAGAGGGAGCGCUGAAAGCGACUCUGUCCUUGCUUGAAAGGGUUCUGAUGAAAGAUAUUGCAACUCUGGUUCCGCAAGAGGAAGUCAAGUCUGUGAUCCGUAAGUGUCUGGAGCAGGCAGCUCUGGUCAACUACCAACGCCUGUCAGAGUAUGCCAAACUGGAAGGGAAAAAGAGAGAGAUGUAUGAGCAUCCUGUCUUCUGCUUGGCGUCUCAAGUGAUGGAUUUAACCAUUCAGAAUGUAGGUCGGUUAGUCACCCCUGCUAAAAAACUGGAGGACAAUAUUCGCCUGGCCGAGCUAGUGAUUGAGGUGCUUCAACAGAACGAGGAACACCAUGCUGAGGCCUUUGCAUGGUGGUCAGACCUGAUGGUGGAGCACGCCGAGACCUUCCUGUGUCUCUACUCGGCCGACAUGGACGCAGCUCUCGAGGUUCAGCCGUCCGACAGCUGGGACAGUUUCCCCCUCUUCCAGCUGCUCAACGACUUCCUAAGAAUGGACUAUAACCUGUGCAAUGGGAAGUUCCACAAACACCUGCAGGACCUGUACGCCCCGCUGGUGGUGCGAUAUGUGGACCUGAUGGAGUCCUCCAUUGCUCAGUCCAUCCACAGAGGCUUUGAAAGGGAAUCCUGGGAACCUGUCAAUAAUGGCUCGGGGACGUCCGAGGAUCUCUUCUGGAAGCUGGACGCUCUGCAGACCUUCAUCAGAGACCUCCACUGGCCAGAGGAGGAGUUUGGCAAACACCUGGAGACCCGACUCAAGCUGAUGUCCAGUGACAUGAUCGAAUCGUGUGUGAAACGGACACGGGCAGCGUUUGAGGCCAAGCUUCAGAAGAGCAGCCGGGCCACAGACUUCCGCGUGCCACAGUCCAUCUGCACCAUGUUCAACGUCAUGGUGGAUGCCAAGGCCCAGUCAGCCAAGCUGUGUGCCAUGGACCUGGGGCAGGAGAGACAAUACCAUUCGCAAAUUGACAAUCUGAUUGACGAGACGGUGAAGGAGAUGAUAACCCUGCUAGUAGCAAAGUUUAUGGUCAUCCUAGAGAGUGUGUUGGCCAAGCUCUCCAGAUAUGAUGAGGGAACACUCUUCUCUUCCUUCCUAUCUUUCACAGUGAAAGCUGCCUCCAAGUACGUGGAUGUACCUAAGCCCGGGAUGGAUGUCGCUGACGGUUACGUGACGUUUGUUCGUCACUCCCAGGACAUGCUGCGGGAGAAAGUCAACGAGGAGGUGUACGUAGAGCGACUAUUUGAUCAAUGGUACACCAGCACAAUGAACCUGCUAGGAACAUGGCUGACUGACCGUAUGGACCUGCAGCUCCACCUUUAUCAGCUGAAGAUCCUCAUCAGGAUUGUCAAGAAAAAGUACCGUGACUUCCGCCUUCAAGGGGUGCUGGACUCCACGUUGAACAGCAAGAUGUAUGAGACGGUGAGAAACCGGCUAACCUUGGAAGAAGCCACUGCCUCGGUGAGGGAAGGAGGAAUGCAAGGCGUUACCAUGAAGGACAGUGAUGAAGACAACGACAACUAGAUCAUGGGCCUGAAAACUACUACAAAGUCAAAGCUUUUCAGACGGGGGAGUGGUAUACUGCCUGAGAACCCAGGCAGCAAUGCCUACCGACUGGCCUAACGUCCAACUUUUCCCCUCCAUUCCUUGCUGUUUCAGUUUCUUUUUCCAUUCCUGUAAUAGUUCCACAUUUCUGUCUGAAUACAAUACAAGAAGAAAAUGCAUUUUGUGUCUAUAAACACUUGCAACGCGCGAGGCUGUCCUAUCAAUGCUAUUCAUUUAGAAAUUCCCCAUGCGGGCUCAUCUAGGUUUAUUUCCUCAAAGCUAAAACUGAAAUGUGGGCAAAUGAGUUUCCAGAAUAUCCAAAAGAGGCUAAAAUGUGACAGUGAGUGUGAGAAAAGCGCAGAUGUGACCGUGAACACCAAGCGAAGCAAAGCUUCCUCACAAAUAAAAUGAGAAAGAUAGGCAGGUGAUUGCAUCUACAGUAUAUGGAGUUCUUUCAAAAUAUUUUGUUGUACCUUCAUUUUGUGCAACCCAAAAUGUCCACGGUCUUUGUACGGGAGCUUUUCUGUUGCUUGUCGCUAAGACUGAAAAGUACAUGGAGCAGUCUCUUUACUUUACGCUGUUCUGCUAGAGAAGAACUUAUGAAACACUCAUCUGAUCCAGGCCUCUAUACUGUGGUUCCAAGUGAAAUAGUGAAAUAGUUGAAAUAGAUACAGGUGUCUUUUUUUUCAGGUGUCUGCCAAUAUGCAUAUUGAACUUUUCACUGUUGAAGUCAUAUUGUGAUUGAUCCAAAUGGCACUGAUAGUUACUUGUUGGUUCAAGGUCAAAACAACAGAGUUGAAACAAAACAUUCAUAAAAUAUUUCCCGAAUUAGCCCUGAAUAUUCUCAAGCAAUAUGGUUCACUGUUUUGUUCUCAAGUUUAUAACCAAGGCUACACGUUUGUCUGUAUGCUAAAAAAAACAUGUGCAGUUGCAUUGUUGUAAAAGGUGUGAAUAUGCUAUCAUAUUACUUUUUUUUGGUAAUGGGUUUGCGUCACGUGUCAACCAAACUAAAUGUUUAAAGUGCUCAUAUAAUGCUU